CCCGGAGGGGAUACGUUUUACGAGGGGGAUAGAAUUCGUUGUGACACUAGCUUAACGAAACUUAACAGCACCAAUUUUCCAUGGUCAGCCAAUGGUAUUUCUCGAUAUAACUGCUGCCAUGUAAAUACAUUCUUCAUGGUAAGGAUAUUUUAGGACGGGAAUUCGUGUAGAAUUCGCUUUUAGACACAUCUGUCUACAAUGCAAACGGGUCGGGAUUCAUCACGGUAUAGGUUACUGAAUAUCCCCUCUCCACGUCACAAAUAUUCACAGGAAAUCGCCUGGACUAGACUCAUCUGCCCCAAUUUCCCUUUUCUACGGACCCUCAUCUAGCUCACCUUAGAUUUGUUUACUAUCCAGCCCCUAGUUGAAUUACUUAAUCGGAUUUACUUCCUCCUUUGUCACUUAUUUUAUUCACUGCCAUAUUUUCCUUACGCAAUGGUGGGCCACAGCAAGUUACAGAAACAAGUUCUGUCUCUGUAUCGGCAGUUCCUUCGUGCUGGGAAGCAUAAGCCCGGCUUUCUGCCACGCAUCCGGGACGAGUUCCGUCAGAAUGCUCACAUCCCGAAGACCGAUGUCAUGCACAUAGAGUUCCUCUACCGGCGCGCCCAAAGGCAACUUGACCAGCUGAAAGACAUUAACACCAAACAACUUGGGACUUUUGUAAAGCCUGCAGACCAAAGCUGAACAUUCACCAGGGCCAUGCACAAACAUUUGGGGGGGCAGGAACUCGAUUGGGAGAAGAAAAAAAAAAAGGCACACUCCACCCCAAACUGUUUUCAGACCGACAUGUACGGUGCAUAAUAUGGGCCUUCUUCUGAGUCUUCUGAAUCACAAUGAAAGUAACACUUCAUAACACAUCUCCUUUUCAUUCAUUUUUGAACCCAUUAAACUUAUCCAGACAUUUUAAUGCUGUACAAUGCGGUAAUAUUACUCGCUACACUACAGCAGCAGUUCAGACAGACCUCACACACUAAAGUAGAGUAAUGGUCUUUUCUUUUUUUAAAUUUAAUUAAUUUCUGUUUUUUAAAAUUGAAAGCAAAUUAAUGUGUUCGCUGUUCUGACCAGCAGCACAAAAAUAGUAAACUGGACAUUGCAUUGCUUUAUCUUGAAAUAAGUACUGUGCUAUUCUGAAGUGCCUGAUUUUAGGAUUUUAACGGAUUUUAACUUCUCUGUUUUCGUGUCUUCUGUUGUUUUGGUAUGAGUAUAUUUUAUAAUUGAAGAAUACAGUACAGUUACAGCUUCAGUAACAUGUUUUGAGCAUCACAAGAAAGGAUAAACAACACAGCAUGACCCUGCAACCAUGCAGGCACGAGACUAGAUUUGUUACAUCCAUGCUACGCAAUGCAUAUGGCAGAGACACAUUUUCGAGUAGCUUUCUCCUUCCAUUUGGGUGUAUUUACACAUAAUACUGGUAAUGCCAAAUAUUAUUUCCCUUUUUAUGUUCUGAGUAAUCAAUGACAUGCCAAAGUCCAUUUGUUUAGACGGUAGUUCCAAAUGGGUGGUAGUGGUACGUGGCUUAUUUGAAAAAUGCGAUGUUCCACUACCAUGCAUUUGGAACAACCGGCCAAACUAAAGAAACUUACUAAAGAAAAGGGACACUCCAGUUAACUUAACUACACGCUUCAAACAUUUAAUAUUUAAGACUAGCUUGCUUGUGGGCUAGUAUAGAAUAACUUAACUUAAAAUAACUUUGCUCUAAAUUGGCAAAUCUGACUACUUGAUUUAAUACUGUUUAUUCUAUUUUGAGCUUCAUAAGUGUUGAUGUUUCUUUUUUUUAUUAGAUUUCUUCCUUUUGUCUCCCAAUUUUCUCCUAAUUUGGUUGCCAAUUGUACCUAAUCUAAUUCAGGUUUUUCAAGCUGACUCGUCUCAUAGCAGUGAUCAUUACUCCUGUUGUACGCGGCGAUCCUAUGAACCAUGCCGAGUCCCUCCUUUGGAGCAGCGAGCCAAUUAUGCCGCUCCACGAGAGCUUUGGCAGGACCGGGAAUUGAACCUUGGUCCUCGGUGUGCAACUGCACCAAACUGAUGCCAGCAUCAAGGUCCAUUACUUUUUUUGGGUUGACUGGUGUGAGUGCUGCUGCCAACCCAGCUGCUAGUUAACCUCGUCUCAGCUGCUGGGCUGAGGCUGAGAAAAAAACAAAAAAAAAGUUGCAACUGUAAUUUUUUUCUCCUUUCCACCUAUGGUCACCUUGACCAAGGAGCUGGAGCACAUUAUGAUUUAAAAAAAUCUCGAUUCGCUUGAAAUGUAUUCCUAAUUUUGUUAUUUUAUUUGUAACAGUGAUUCUCUAUUGUGUGAAGUUAUGUUAUUAUUAACAUGUAGCUUACAUAGCUAUAUUGGUUAGUAACCAGUUCAGUGUUGCACCUGCACCUCUAACUUGGCUGAUGUUACUCGCAAUGAAGUGAAUGAGAAUAACAUUCAAUCGAUAAUCAGUAAGCUAAGCUAGUUGUAUUAUAUGGAGUAAAGUAAUAAUGUUAUAGACUGUAAUACAAGUGAAUGAAUGUUAGCCUAAUAAAAGUCAACCAGACAGAUGGAAUAUGUGUGGCUGAGGCCCCUCUGCCUGAUUUGUCAUGGUCAAAGACUGAGCAUGCAAAAAGCAACUUCAGUUUAAUAUGGAAAUUAACUAGAUAAAAAGUUCAUUAGAUUAUGACAUGAAGUUAUUUAUGUUUUUUUGUUACCUUUCAACCACCCAGUAGACAAUUAUUAGCUCACUGGGUGGCCUCAAGACGUCGUUAAGCAUUAGCUAGUAUUUGCUUUGCUGUACCAUCUAGAGAAUGGAGGCGAUUACUGUACGCUAUGCCCUGAGCCAAGAGUAGCUUAAAGUAUUAAGUUUUUGUCUUUGUUAGAUAAAUAUAUUUAGAUAAAAUAUUAAGAUAUUAUCCAGAUUCAAAUGGUUUAAAUACCUAACCCAAAUUAAUGGGUUGGAUCAACCAAUCAUGUGCUGUCCACUAUUUACUCAGCAGCUGGAUCAGAAACUACCCAAUUUGGGUUAUUUUAAAAUCAGCAUUUUUUAGAGUGUUCAUAGCAGGGGGGUAUACUAUGAAGGGAGUUUAACAUAUUCAGGGUUUCUUUGCGUAACCUAGCUUACCCAGUACUACAAAGGUGGUUACCAACUUGCUAAGUGAAGACAGGCUUUGUUAACUAAGUAGUGAUGGGCAGUUCAUGAACAAACUACAAUUUCUGAACGUAAUUUUCAAAUUAACAAGUCUUCUCCGCCAAAGAUUUGUUUGUUUGGGUCUCUCCCCAAUGCGAUAUGCGAGAUGUGCCUGCUCCACCAUCAUCUCCUUAGCCAAAGACAGUGAUUUUAGUGACUUACACAGUGUCCAAAGGCGACUUAUCAGGCCAGCAUCUGUGUGAAGGCCUAUAGGCUUACUGAAAUGCCAAUCAAAAAACCACAAAUGAACAACUAUAUGUUCAUACAUUAGGCAAGUCAAAGAGCCAUACUGAGCCAGUGAACUAGAAGUGACUAAAAUGAGCCAUUGAACUACUGAACGACAGAGCCAUGUUGAACUGAAAGUACAGUGCAGUUCAGCCAUAACUCUCUGUUCUCAACUCAACACGUCAUCGGAUUGUCGGACACCAGAAGUCAUUAAUUCCAAUGGAGAAUGGUUAACAGACCGUAAUGGAUCUUGUAGCCGUUAUUUGAGUUGGCCGACAGGAGAUGAAUCCUUUGGAUUUUUCCAGGCUCUAUGUUGCUGACGGUUCUUUCCCAACAAACCAAUUAAUUAAUGUUUGCAGAAAGUAAGUCAGUCCCAUUUUAAUUCUAAAAUGUUUGUUAUGGAAAUUAUAGAAAUUUAAUUGAUGAUUCACUUACUCUCCACCCAAAACAAAUCUUCUUACCAAGAGUAUAACUGUCACGGCUUGUUUGGGGAAAUAUUUCAUUCCUAGAACCAAAGCUUGUAUCCAUCAAAUCAGUUAUAGUGCUGUGGUCCUGUGCUGUGCUCUGGGUACAAUGAUUGCAUUCAGAGUACGGGUACGUAAAGUGAGUGAAGUUGUGAGUUGUAAAGAGUUGUGAAGCCUGAUUUAUACUUCUGCGUUGAGUCGACACGGAGGCUACGCCAUACCCUACACCGUACCCUACAGCCUGAUUUAUACUUCUGUGCCGAGUCGGCCCCUACGCCGUUGAGAGCAUUUCUACAUGUGCGUUGGGGUGUCUCCGUCGCCCUGCAAUUACACCUCCAUAACACUAGUUUUCGUGGUUAUUAUAUCCCAUAAUCAUUUGUGAUUAACUGUAUGGAUCUUACUUCCGUUAAAUUAAUGGCAGCUGAAAACAGCGGCAGAGUUCACAAAGAACAGCAAAAGAGCUUGUCCACAAGUGCAUGGGCACGACAAUUUGUUUUAGUUUUACAUUAUAAAAAACAUUUGAAUUGCUUAACACACUGAAAUAACGUAUGUAACGUUUUAAGCCUCUGUGAGCUAGCCAGCUAAAUUGCUUGUAAUUACCCAUCACGUAAUCACUUUACUUUCACUCUUGACAACUUUCUGCUUUCAAAGUGCAUCUCAAUGUGUAUCUAGUGAUGUAGAAGAAAAAAAAUGUAACCUCCAGAGGCUUGGAAAGAUUUAAUAUUCUUUCAAGGCGCUGGAGCAAUGACGAGGAUUACCUUUCUCCAUGCCCUCCUCAAUCCCCACCAGACUAAUAUUGUAACAAUGUCUUCUACCCUCCAGGUCAGUGCAUUUAACUUUCAAGCUAAGUGAGGAGCUCCAUUCUGUGGCAGCAUGUUCAAGUUCAUCAAUGCGUUGGCUGUUUUGUGAGCAGGCCAUUUGGAAAGCGGUCACUAACCUGUAGCUCCUGCUGAAGGGAGGCCAUUUCUUUGCGGAGGGCUGACGUUUGUCCAUCAAUUUUCUUUUCACCAAGCGAAUCAAAUGCAGGUAUUAUCAUCGCUAUAGAGUGACGAGGGCUGGGAGGUGCUAAUGUUGCUGGGGGACCCCCUUGGCAUUGGGUCAACUGUUGACUUAAAGGAGCACUGUCAUGCUUGUUUCAGUUGAGAUUAUUUAGAUUAAAUGCUUAAAUUCUGUGUGUAGGGCUUUUUAAAAUCACCUUCAGUGUUGCAUUUCCUAAAUGUAGAGCAAAACUUCUAAGGACAGUCACGGCACUGGAUGUGUUUGGCUUGAAUCUCCAGCCUGUGUUUCCCAGAAGAUAACAGGUGCUCAAACUCAAACAAGUGUGCUUGAUAUGCACUUUAUCUACGAGUGCUCUGAAGUGGUCUUUGGCCCAAGUUAUUUUCACAAUAUAGAAGAAUAUUUCAUGUCAAAACCCUAAACGAAAGUUAUUUCUGCAAUGCAUGAAAAUACAUCCAAAAAGCCAAAAUUACAAAUUCUGUAUUAAUUGUAAUUUACCCCAUCACUGGGUUGUGUUAAACUGCACACCUUUUACUAUGACCUUUUCCAUGCAAUGUUUGCAUGUUCUACGACAUCUACAUUCAGUUAGCAUUCAUUAGACUUUGUUUUUAGACUUAUUGGUCCUCUGCUGCUGUAGCCUACCCACUUAGCCUUGAAGCGUUGUGUGUACAGAAAUGCUCUUCUACAUACACAGUUGUAAAGUGUGGUUAUUUGCGUUACUGUCACCUUCCUGUCACCUUUGACCAGUCUGGCCCUUCUCCACUGACCUCUCUCAUUAACAAGGCGUUUUGCCUGCAGAACUGCUGCUCAUUUUUUUGGUUUUUCGCACCAUUCUCUGGAAACUCUAGAUACUUCUGUACGUGAAAAGCCCAGGAGAUCAGCAGUUUCUGAGAUAUUUAAACCACCAUGUCUGGCAGCAACAAUCAUUCACAUUUCUUCCCCAUUCUGACAUUUGGUGAUUUCUUAGUUUUUUAUUUUUAAUAAAUUUGCUAAAAUUUCAAAAAAACUUCUUUCAGAUGGUCAUUAUGGUGUGUUGUGUGUAGAAUUAUGAGGAAAAAAAUUAAUUUAUUCCAUUUUGGAAUAAGGCUGUAACAUAACAAAAUGUGGGAAAAGUGAAGCGCUGUGAAUACUUUCCGGAUGCACUGUAUAUUGACAACAUAGCCUUCAAGAUGCAUGUACUGGAUUGCAGUAAGUAAAUGACCGAUGGACAUUUAAAAUGUUUUUCUGAAUUAUUCUCAGGCGCUGUCCUGAAAGCUAAAAGGGUGUCAUUUUUUCUUGCAAAGUUUUCAGAGAUCGGGUUUUUUUUUUUUUUUAAAUGUUUAUAAUGUCCUUGGGUGUAAUAAGCAAUUGUGGGAUGGAGAGGCUGCCCACGAAUGGUAGAUUGUAAGGUGUGCCCUGAGCUAAAGGGAGAAGAGAGGCUAAAGACUAGCAUUGUCUUAUGCACGCUCUGAGAGUGAACUUUUGGCAUGUUUGUGUGAUGUGUUUUGAUAAAUUAUGGAUAUGUGAUUAUUGUAGUAAGCAUAUUGUUUGGCAUAUAUCUCUGACUGUUUUUUUGUUUUUUUUUCUUUGCUCUGACUCAUAUUGGCUUCCUUGAAUGUCAUUGGCACAACUCUGGUCCUCAUGUUGGCUCCAAAGGCUAUCAAAAUCCUUGAAUCUAACUUUGCAGCAAUUGAAUACACCUGGCUAAUUACAAACAGUGGAGAAGCCAACUCUCCAAUUACUUUUGGGCCCCUACAACGGAAGGCCUGUCAUCAUCUGAUAUGGCUGUAAAUACCCUCAAAUUAAAGAUGACAGUCUGCAGUUUAA